UGCAACGAGAAGAUUAGUCAUUGCUGUCAGCCACGAUUAAAAACUAAUCUUUCAUGGCUAACAACCACACUACAAAAAUGAACGGCAGGAUCGUUUCCAUACGUGUGGGGCCCCCACGUACGACGAACAUCUGACCGUUGAUUCUAAGCAUGAAAAUACAUUUCCUUCCACCUUCCCCUUCUUCAGUAUCUCAUUUUCUUCUUCUUCUAACUGUAUUUUCCAUCGCAUUUCUUUCAUUUCCCUCAUCAAUGGUUCCCAGCUUCACCAUCUUCGCUCCUCUGCAUCACUGUAUUUUGAAGGUUUUGACCGGUUUUUGAGUUGACUGCUGUGAGUGUGUGUGGUCAAAAUAGUGGUGUGUUCUUGUGCUGGAGAAAGUAGAUCAUUGACCAUGAUGCCUGAUGAUGUUGCUGCAUGUCAUGAUGGUGAGAGGGUGGAUGCUCCAGCAAUGCAUGGGUCCAAAUCGGCAUGGAUGUCUCACUGGGCGAACACGAGUUGUAAAUCAGCAACCCCUGCUCGCAGUCAUUUGACUUUGAGGGUUGGUUGUAAGCUUAAAGAAGUCAAAGAACACAGUGAUGCUGAGAAGCAUGGUGAAAUCCUCGGGUCAGAAGUUGCGGUUGAUAGUUCUAUGCAUGCUGGAGACGUUGGAGAAGCAUCUGGGGCCACAAGGGUUAGCUUAAACAAUGGGGCGAAUACCGGAAAGUCAAAGAAAACAAACUUUGAUUCCAAAUCAUAUCCUAUUUUUAACUUUCCCAGGAAGAUAGAUCGAGGAUUGUCCACGCAGGGGGAACAGAAUGGUGUUCGUCACGCAGAUGAUGGAAAAUGUGAAGCUGAAGCCUGCUCUGAAGAUGCAAAUGUUUCUCUCAAUGGAGCUCGGAGUCACUUGCCAUCAACAUCUGCACACGCUUCUCCUAAUACAGAAACUUUAGUGAGAGAGUGUCAAGUAUUGUCUCAGGAAGUCUUACCGCCUGCUCUGCCUCUGCUGAAGAAAUCUCCAUAUGCUGUUGAACCAAAGGACCUAGCUGCCUCAACAUUAUUAUGGGAUGGCUUUGUAAAAUCAGCUUCUGAAUUGGUACCAAAUAGACGUGACAAAGGAAAAAUGUUGAUGCCCCAAUUUACGCGUGGACCAUAUGAAGUAUAUCAAUCGAGCUACAACUUAGCAUCUGAAGAGCAUUUCACUAGCACGAAAUAUCACAGCUAUUCUUCUCUUUUUAUUCAUGAGAAGAAAAUAAGUAGCCUGGUAGAACCCCAUCGAUCUUCGUUUACGAGAUUGAUGCAUGAUGGUAUUGCUCAUUUCCCCCAUGAUCCCAUAGCUGGUAGUGAUGAUGGGUUAUAUUUUGUUCGUGGUCAGCGCCGUAAGACUCAAAAUUAUACUGCAAAUCCAAACAUUGCAGACCAGACUGCAUUCUUUGAGUCAACUAAACCACAGAAAUUUUGUGAUGUAACCACCUCUUUGGUACCGCAAGUUCCGUGUGCUGUUCAUGACGUGGAGACUAUGAAGAUAUACACUGGUAUUGAUUCAGUAGAAGAAUCGUCAAGAGGUCAUCCCAAACUUUCCCAGACAACUCACCAUCUUCUGAUGUCCAAAAAAACUGAUGUUAAUCUACCUGACAGAGGUCAGUUCUUUAGAGAUUCAGCAGCUCCUACCAAAUUCAGAGGAAACACUUUCAAUAGGAUCAUUGAUCUCUCUUCACCCAUGAGCAACCAUGCUCGGGAAGGUCUUAAGCUGGAAACUCAAGGGAGCUCCAGAAAGACUGAAGGAAAGGAAAAUGUCCAAGAUUUCAAAUGUCCGACAAACUUGAAGAAUGAAUCAUCUGCUGAGACAGACACUAUGGACAUCAGUGCUUUACAUGAGACUCUUCCUGGUGAUGUUCCAUUGCAAAUAAAUAAGUGCUUCAAGGAUAGUCAAAACUUGCUCACGUCUCAAGUUGCAGAAACUUCAGCCAGAGUGAAAACCAUAGCAAAAUCAGCGAAUACAGCAAUGCUGGAUAUGAACAAAGAGCCUCAUGAGCUUCUCACUCAUGCAAGUCCAGUGGUUGACAGGGAGACUAGCACAUCAAGAACCCACAGCCUUGAUGUGGAACAACUUCUUUCUCAUGCGGAUGAAAAUGCGAAGACAAAAUCUGGCAGUAGUUCUUUGGGGCCAGAUCCAAGUAGCAGAUGGGUUAAACGACUCAAGUUAUGCACAUUGGGGUCUGCUCAUGGUACCAAGAGCGAACAAAUUGGAGAAACUUCUUCAAAUGAAAAAGUCAAAAAUACAUUCAGCAAAACUAGUUUGGAAACCAAAGUGGUAUGUCCUGCUGAAGGACAGACGGUACCAGAUCUACCUGCAACAGCAUUAACAAAUGGCAAUCCAUCUUUUACUGAAGCGAAGAAAACUGUAGAUAUUACACUUUCACAUCCCUGGAUUCAGAGAUGGAGUCACAGUCGAGCUGCGUGUUCCCAAAAGAGUCAUGAAUUAGUGGAGUUUCGGGAACCAAAGUCUUCAAACACUACUAUAGAAGAGUUUCAAAAGAAGCAGUUUCCAAGCAUUGCUGCUAUGGCCCUGAUGGGAAAGGCAAUGAACGGUUUGAAUCCCUCUGAGCUUACAAAAAAAGGACCCAUAAUAGUUUGGAAUACAAAGGGAUUUUGAAGUUGUUGGCCACUGGUGCUAUAUAUUGAUUCUUAUGCUUAUGGUGGGAGAUUCACGGGAUUAAUAUCAGAUGAAUACUUAUGGCUGCAUUAGUAUGGAGAAAUGGGGUUGAACAUAUUGUUUAUGUUACUUCCUUGUCUCCUCAGAUUUGGACUAAGCUAAACAAAAUAUAAGCAGUGCAUGCAUCUAAGGAUGUUAUGUAUGGGAACGUGCAUUGUUUUCGCAUGUAACCUAAAUGUUUUUUGCAAGACCUUGUUUCCAUCCAGUGUGGGAGAAAUUUAUCUAGAGGGCUUGAGUUCUGCAUUAUCACCCAAGUCUUAUUGCCAAGCGAAUCAUGUAUUAACGGAGUAAAUCAUAAGGUUUGAUAGCAUAUCAUGUUGGGUUUCAUGUACCAGUGAAUUUUCAUUCGUGAAUAAUAGCUUCCUCAAUGUGGUGAUGAUCUGCAAUGUGAGGUAAAAUUUAUUUAAGAAUAAUGUUCAAAUGUGUUUUUAAUAUUUCAAAAUAUCAUUGUUUUUC